UGUGAUGCCGGCUGGAUCCGGUAAUUGGCGCCCGUGAACAGGGACCUGGAGACACUGGGUAGAAGUAGGAAGGUCGCCGUUGGUAAAGGACGCGACGAAACAGAGACGACAACCCGAGGUGGUUGCCAGAGCGGUGUGUUCGACAUGCCUCGAAGCAAAAUCGCGCGGCUGCGAGCCCAGCUGAACGGCCUGAUGCGUCAGAAGAAGCAGCAGCGUGGGAGCCGGCGACGGAGAGUUUCCCUUAGCCGUGACAAGCUGCCAGAGAUCCGUGUGGUUGCUCAGUUGGUUUCCUUCCUAUGGCUACUAUCGAGAUUGAUGGCUGUGCAUGCUGCUGUUUAUUGGGAGUAUGUACCCAACCCACCAUUGCUGCAUCCUGCAACCUGGGAGGAUAAGAACAUUCCUGUUUAUGUUAAUGACACCAAGGUCUUGGGGCUUAUGUCCUCGGGCCACAUUUCCCCAGCCUGGGCAGAAGGGUACAAUUAUCAAGGAGUUACCAAAGGGACACCAGUGUGUUUUCCUUUGAGGAUAAAGAAGGCUGCACCAUGGUCCAGAGGCUGUCUGACAUUGAUACCAAGCACUCUGCAGGUACCCACUGGGGUAUGGAUAGCUAUUACAUUGCUAGAAAUGGCACCACGGCACGCUGUGGCCCUGGGACAUACCCACAGGGAGUCAAACCUUGUGGGCCUUUGGGGCCAUCUAAAAAUAACCUUGGGCUGAUGUGGCGGACAUGUCAUGCGAAUGAAACAGUCUGCCGCAGGUCCCUAUGUGACUGGGCCAAGACGAACAGCAAUCUUGGGCCAAAGAACUUAGUGACUGGACUUUGGACAAUGGACAAUGUUACUUACCAAAGAGAUUUGUGGAAAAUGGUGGCUGCCAUGGACUACAUCACUGUCGGGAAGGAGAAUGUGACGGUGCAGCCACAAAGGGGAGUCAUUAGUGGCUCGGGGAGUAGCUGGAAUGUGAGCGUGUCCGCAUGUGUACCUGAACCUUAUGCUUUGUUACUGGGUAAUUUUAGUAUUAGCCUAGAUAAUGAAACUGGAAUAACCAGCAUCGCUUGUAAUAAUUGUCGUCUAACUAAUUGCAUUAAUGGCACUACCCCUUCCUUGUUAAUCUUAUAUCAACCUGUAUUUGUUCUCCUGCCAGUUAACACUACCCAAGAGUGGUACUCUGACAUGGGGCUUGCUGUGCUUCAGACAGUAGAAAAAGCCUUAAGCCGAACGAAAAGAUUUGUAGGAUUGUUAAUAGCAGGUACCAAGGCUUUAAUCACUUUAAUUGCUUCUGCCACUGCUUCUGCCAUAUCGUUAACAACUUCCAUUCAGACGGCAGACUAUGUGAACAACCUGGCUUACAAUGUAACGCAAGCAUUACAAACCCAAGAGAACUGGGACAAGAAAAUAGAGCAAAGGGUGAACGCUCUCUAUGAUGUUGUACAAAUCCUAGGCCAUGAGAUUGUAAGCUUGGAGGUGAAAAGCUCUCUAAGAUGCCACGCCGCAUUCUCAUGGAUUUGCAUAACACCAAAAGAGUAUAAUGAUUCUAGGUUUCCAUGGGAAAAUGUCAAAAGGCAUCUUCAGGGUAUAUGGCAUGAUGCAAACACCUCCCUUGAUUUGAGAAUGUUGCAUGGAGAAAUCCAAGAUUUGCUGAACGCACCAAAGCUUGAUAUAGAUAUAGCUAGAGAAGCCUCGGAGUUUGUAACCCGGCUACGGGACAACUUCCCAACUAUAAGUGCUUUCCUUCAUAGAGUAAUAGGCCUAAUUGCAGUAGCAAGUUUCCUGGUACUUUUAUGCAUGUUGUUGCCUUUCUGUAUAAGAUUAAUCUGUAAGCAAAUGUACAAGUUAACCAUGGACAUCCGCCUGCUUCAGCUGCAUCGAGAGAAGGACAGCACCCCGCUUAAGAUGUAAUAAAUUAAAAAGGGGGAGCUGUGGGAAGCCGU